GCGUAAUUGCGCACAAGUGGACAAUAAGCAGCUCCGUGUGCGUGAGGAUCUCAUCGAUGAACAUGGAUCAGUCUCACCAGUGUAUUGCCAUGUAUCUGCUGGUGCUGUCUCUCGGACUUGUGAUGGAUAGAGGGAUUUGUCAGCACUACUACCUUCUCCGUCCCAUCCCGAGCGACAGUCUGCCGCUUGUGGAAUUAAAAGAGGACCCGGAUCCUGUCUUUGACCCCAAGGAGCGAGAUCUUAACGAGACUGAAUUAAAGAGCAUCCUGGGAGACUUUGACACUCGUUUUUUGUCCGUGUUACAGCCCACGGAGGACAAAUUCACCGGGAACGAUGAGCUCGAUGACUUUGAGAUCCAAAAGCCGGGGGGAGUACUCCCGAAAGAAAUCCGAGCGGUGGAUUUUGACAUCCAGUUCGGCAAGAAGCACAAGCCUAGCAAGAAACUGAAGCGGCGGCUGCAGCAGUGGCUGUGGGCCUACUCGUUCUGCCCGGUCGUGUACACCUGGACCGACCUGGGGAACAGAUUCUGGCCGCGGUUUGUGCGAGUGGGCAGCUGCCUGAGCAAACGGUCUUGUUCUGUUCCGGAGGGGAUGGUGUGCAAACCUGCGAACUCUACCCACCUGACGAUACUGAGAUGGAGAUGCGUGCAGAGGAAGGGGGGGCUAAAAUGCGCCUGGAUACCGGUGCAGUACCCGAUCAUUACAGACUGCAAAUGCUCCUGUUCGAGUUAA